AUGGGUCACUGGGUCAAGCGUAUUGGGCCGAAAAAUGCCGGACUGGUUCAUCAUCUGCUUCUUCAAUUCAGGGGCACAGCCAAUGGCCCCGGCAACCAGGCCUUACGUCACGCUCGUGAUGGUAAAUUUUGUUGUAAUUUUCACGGCCUUGAACUUGCUCUUGCCCGACUACAACCUCACCAUGCUUUGCAGACCGUCAAGAUGACCUUUGGUGAUACUUUACAUCGCUGGGAUUCCAAGGAAAUUGCAGCAGCCUAUGACGUACGACAAACCUUCCUCGACUUCUUUUUGCCCACCUCAAGGGGGAAUCCUCUGCGAUGCACUUGGAUCAGAGAGAUGCUUUACCAUCUGAAGGGCCUGCAAAGAUUUGAUGUCUGCUUUGGAGAGAGUGAGGACAUCUGGGAGCUUGACUGGGAGCUUCAGGAGGACGACGAGAAUGCGACCAAGGAUCUGAACAUCGCGCGUCAGGGUGUGAUAGAAAUGAGGAAGGAGCUUUUGACUCCUUGCUCCCUCAUACAUGAAUUGCUCGCCACGAGCGCUCAGUUUCUUUUGCACACCUCAAUCUCGGAAAAGCACAUGCUGAUGCUACUGAUCGGUACGGCGAGUACCAUCUUCGAGGAUAUUCUACGAUGGCUGCAGCGCCUUGAAGAUACCAAUCUUCCCCUCUCGCAAGCUCGCGCAGCUGGCACGGUCUUGCAGCACCGACAGCAGCAAAUCAGCUUACCUGAUGGUCUUUCGAUCGAUUCCCGCUUUGGAGGUUGCGGAAACGAUCAGCUCCACAGCUUGCAGAGCGCCAAACUCCAAGCUUAUAAUUUCGCUCAAGCAGCGCUCGGCAACAUACAAACGGCAGAUCUCUUCAGUGUCUUCUUCGGAGAUGAAGACCAAGAAAUUGUGAGGACAGUUUUCCAGAAUGUUACUAAUAUGCUGAAUGGUCAAGGUCCCAAAACAGUCCUUACCUGCCACGAUGCCAUGAACCACUGCCCCGAAGGCAAUCCCGGAGCCUACUAUUGGCAAAGAGAUGACAGGGAAUGGAAUGCGAUUAUUGCUUGUCCGGGAUUCUACACAAAUCCAUUAGCACCCGAUCCCUGUAACAAGCUAUCACUUGAGGGUCGACACGGUCGCGGCAUGGCGUCCGAAGCCCAGCUUCUCGUGCACGAACUCGUCCAUACCGCGGGAAUUGCUGGCCCAUCGAGCGCCCAUAUAGCGGACUAUGCGUACAAUGCGUAA